CCGCGGUGGCCAUUUCCUGCUCGAAGUCCAGGGCGACAUAGCACAACUUCUCCUUGAUGUCACGGACGAUUUCACGUUCAGCGGUGGUGACGAAAGAGUAACCACGCUCGGUGAGGAUCUUCAUCAGGUAAUCGGUGAGAUCCCGACCGGCAAGAUCGAGACGGAGGAUGGCGUGGGGAAGAGCGUAACCCUCGUAGAUGGGCACGGUGUGGGAAACACCGUCUCCCGAGUCGAGAACGAUACCGGUGGUACGACCAGAGGCGUACAGGGAAAGUACGGCUUGGAUGGCGACGUACAUGGCGGGGGUGUUGAAGGUCUCAAACAUGAUCUGGGUCAUCUUUUCACGAUUGGCCUUAGGGGUGUGAUGGUCGGUAUGGGUCAGAAAGACUCCUACGUAGGGGAUGAAGCCCAAUCGAAGAGAGGUAUCCUCACCCUGAAGUACCCCAUCGAGCACGGCAUCGUUACCAACUGGGACGACAUGGAGAAGAUCUGGCACCACACAUUCUACAACGAGCUCCGUAUCGCACCCGAGGAGCACCCCGUCCUUCUCACCGAGCCGCCUCUUAACCCUAAGGCCAAUCGUGAAAAGAUGACCCAGAUCAUGUUUGAGACCUUCAACACCCCCGCCAUGUACGUCGCCAUCCAAGCCGUACUUUCCCUGUACGCCUCUGGUCGUACCACCGGUAUCGUUCUCGACUCGGGAGACGGUGUUUCCCACACCGUGCCCAUCUACGAGGGUUACGCUCUUCCCCACGCCAUCCUCCGUCUCGAUCUUGCCGGUCGGGAUCUCACCGAUUACCUGAUGAAGAUCCUCACCGAGCGUGGUUACUCUUUCGUCACCACCGCUGAACGUGAAAUCGUCCGUGACAUCAAGGAGAAGUUGUGCUAUGUCGCCCUGGACUUCGAGCAGGAAAUGGCCACCGCGGCCUCAUCCUCCUCCCUCGAGAAGUCCUAUGAACUUCCCGACGGACAGGUCAUCACGAUCGGUAACGAGCGUUUCCGUUGUCCUGAGGCUCUCUUCCAGCCUUCCUUCAUCGGAAUGGAAUCCUGCGGUAUCCACGAGACCUGCUUCAACUCGAUCAUGAAGUGCGAUAUCGAUAUCCGUAAGGACCUGUACGCCAACACUGUCUUGUCCGGUGGAACCACGAUGUACCCUGGUAUCGCUGAUCGUAUGCAGAAGGAAAUCACCUCCCUCGCUCCCUCGACCAUGAAGAUCAAGAUCAUCGCCCCGCCCGAGAGGAAGUACUCCGUCUGGAUCGGUGGAUCUAUUCUCGCCUCCCUCUCUACCUUCCAACAGAUGUGGAUCUCCAAGGAGGAGUACGAUGAGUCUGGACCUGCCAUCGUCCACAGGAAAUGCUUCUAAACAUCUGCACAGUCGGAGCCACAUCGGAAUGCCCUUGCGCACCAGUUGCCCGCAACACUCGUCAGCUGCUUACCAUCUGCGCACUGCAGUGCUUUGGAUGUGUGCUUUAUAUUUUUCGUUAUCGCUCGCACGCUUCUAAGUUGUUAUAAAGACCCAGUUAACAUCAAUGGAGGACAAUAAACUGCAAUUUGCACGUUCCAUCUACU